AUGGCAGAGAAACUAAUGGUGUACUAUGAACGGAAAAUGAAUGGAGAUCUCUCCGAUACAGACUCUGACGACGAAAAGGAUAUAGGCGAUAUUGAAAUGGCCACGACGCUGCGUGGUGGAGCAAAAGCCAACCAAAAUAGGAUGCGAAAGGAAGCGAAUAAUGCGUCCACGGGUUUGAAUGAAUCAAGUACAAACGCAAAGUUGAAUUUUAUUGAUGUCCGGAAAAGAGGAGGUCAAUCACAAUGGGCUGGUCCACCAAAGAGAGCAAGAAAAAGCCAUUAA